ACUAUCAAUAAUGAACAUAAUCAUUCUUUUACUUGUUAUUUUUACACAAUUUAUAGAUUCUUUCCAACAUGAAGUAACAGAUCAAGUUUAUUUUGACAUAUCAAUUGAUAAUGGAAAACCAACAAAAAUUGUAAUAGGUCUUUUUGGAAGUGUUGUUCCAAAAACUGUUCGUAACUUUAAAGAAAUUGCAUUAAAUGGAAUUAAUGGAAAAAGUUAUAACGGAACAAUUUUUCAUCGGGUUAUACAUAAAUUUGCUAUACAAAGUGGAGAUAUAUUAUUUAAUAACGGUUCCGGCGUUAUAAGUAUUUACGGAGAUGAAUUCGAAGAUGAAAAUUUCGAUAUUCAACACUCAGCACCCGGAUAUGUUAGCAUGGCAAAUUCCGGACCAAAUACAAACGGUUGUCAAUUUUUUAUAACAGUCAGACCAACUCCGAUGUUAGAUGGAAAACACGUUGUAUUUGGAAAAGUAAUAGAAGGGCAACCAUUUAUUCACACGAUAGAACACGUUAAAACAGAUGGCGAUGAUCGACCCCUCAAACCCGUUGUAAUUGUAAAAGCGGGAUUUAUAUUUACACCAGAACCUUUCUAUAUUGAGGAUGUUAAAUAUAGUUUCUGGGAAUGGAUUAAAGCUGGCAUAAUCCCGUUAAGUUUCACGUUUACUAUAUUGGGAUUUUUUCAUUGGGUUAUUAGAAAGUUGGAUAGUUUUAGGUUGAUUACUGAGGAUCAACAUAUAGAUUAAUUUAAAAGAUUUAAAUUUAAAUGUUCUGGAAUUAUCUUAUGUAACUUAGUCUACUUAUUCAUAGAUGGCCCCAAAAGCAAUUAAUGCAAAACUUAUUAAAUUUAAAAAUAAUUGUGUGUUUAAGUAAAAUAAUUAUUACAACAUAA